AUGCAACCGAUCUUCCCCACGCUCACGUUCCCCAACCACUGGACCCUGCUCACCGGUCUCUACGCCUCCUCCCACGGUAUCGUCGCCAACGACUUUACCGACUCCUCUGGGAACCAGUUCUACUACACCAGCCCAGCCCACUCGUGGUCGUCCGAAUGGUGGAGGGGCGAACCUAUCUGGGCGACGGCGCAGCGGAACGGGUUGAAUUCUGCCGUGCUCAUGUGGCCCGGUCCACCCGAAACACAAGCAGGGACGAAAGCACGAUACUUUCAGAAGUACGAAAGCGACUGGAAGCUAGACGAUAGGUUAGGCAAGGUGUUGGAGUGGAUGGAUGAGGACGAUGUGCGGGUUAGACCGAGUUGCGUUUGCGUGUAUGUGCCGGAUAUCGAUCAGGCUAGUCACAGAUUCGGACCAGAGAGCGAGCAGGCGGUCGAUGCGGUCAAGAGGGUGGAUGGGUUCAUCGGAAAACUGCGGAAAGAGGUGGUGGAGAAAAGGUCACUAGGCGAGAUAGUCGAUAUCGUAGUGGUCAGCGAUCACGGCAUGACGAGUACGAGCAACGACAAGCUGAUCUACCUCGACGAGCUGCUCGGAAACGACCUCUACGCUCAAUUACAGGGUAGAGACGGUUGGCCCAGUGCCGGUCUACGUUUCCGCGGCACACCAUCACACCGCGAACAGCUGGAACAUCUCGCCUUCCAACGCCUCUCCUCCCUCCCAUCGAAAUCGAGAAGAGGAUGGAAGGUGUUCAAACGUUCCACUCUGCCGCCAAGGUACCACCUCAACGACGAUGGCCGUGUAGACGACCGUCUCGCUCCCAUCUGGAUCAUCCCCGAUCUAGGUUGGAGCAUCACCGACCACGCCGAGAUGGCAACAUUUGCAGACGGAACCUACGCUCCGAGAGGCAACCACGGUUACGACAACCAGCAGGACGAUAUGCAGGCGAUCUUCGUCGCUAGCGGUCCAUCCUUCCGAGAUUGGCAGGAAGUCAAGGGGAGAAGAUGGAAUAUGGAUGGGUUUGCGAAUGUGCAGGUGCACAAUCUCGUCUCGCGCAUUCUGGGUGUAAGAGAGACCGCCAGAGCCCAGACGAACGGAACCUGGGAGUUUUGGGAUCAGCACCUCAGGGAUGGUUUGUAG